GAGGAACGUUGGACGGACCCAGUGGUUAAAGUUCGACGGUGUUGAGCUAACACUGUUAGCUGCCGCUCGACGGAACCGCAGCUGUUAGCGGCUAGACGUUCUGAGGCGUGAUGGGGAACCAGCUGGCGGGCAUCGCCCCCUCUCAGAUCCUCUCUGUGGACAGCUACUUCUCGGACAUCCACGACCACGAGUAUGAUAAAAGUCUGGGCAGCACUCGCUUCUUCAAGGUGGCCCGGGCCAAACACCGGGAGGGCCUGGUGGUGGUGAAGGUCUUCGCCAUCCAGGACCCGUCGCUGCCGCUGACCGCCUACAAGCAGGAGCUGGAGGAGCUGAAGAUCCGGCUGCACUCCUGCCAGAACUGCCUGCCCUUCCAGAAAACCUCCUUGACGGAGAAAGCUGCCAUCCUCUUCCGGCAGUACGUCCGGGACAACCUGUACGACCGCAUCAGCACGCGCCCCUUCCUCAACAACGUGGAGAAGCGCUGGAUUGCCUUCCAGAUCCUCAAUGCCGUGGACCAGGCUCACAAGGCCGGCGUCCGCCACGGAGACAUCAAGACGGAGAAUGUGAUGGUGACCAGCUGGAACUGGGUCCUGCUCACCGACUUCGCUAGCUUCAAGCCCACCUACCUGCCCGAGGACAAUCCCGCAGACUUCAACUACUUUUUUGACACGUCGCGGCGCCGCACGUGCUACAUCGCCCCCGAGAGGUUCGUGGACGGAAGCAUGUUCACCACGGAGAGCGACCAGAACACGCCGCUGGUGGACCUGACCAAUAACAACCAGAGGAGCAGAGGAGAGCUCCGGCAGGCCAUGGACAUCUUCUCUGCAGGCUGUGUGAUCGCAGAGUUGUUCACGGAGGGCGUUCCUCUCUUCGAUCUGUCCCAGCUGCUGGCGUAUCGUAAAGGUCACUUCCAGGCGGAGCAGGUCCUGCUGAAGAUCGAGGACCGCAGCAUCAGAGAGCUGGUGGCUCAGAUGGUUCAGCGGGAGCCUGAGAAGCGUCUGACUGCAGAGGAGUAUCUUAAGCAGCAGAGAGGGAAAGCCUUCCCCAGCAUCUUCUACACCUUCCUGCAGCCGUACAUGGCUCAGUUCGCCAAGGAGACCUUCCAGUCUGCGGACGAGCGGGUGCUGGUCAUCCGCAAAGACCUCGACAACAUUCUGCACAACCUGCGGGGAGGCUCCGCCUCUUCAUCUCAGGAGGAGGACGAUGACGUGCUGAGCUCCAGGGAGGAGCAGGGCCUGGUGGUGCUGGUGUCUGUCAUCACUUCCUGUCUGCAGACGCUGCACUCCUGUGACUCCAAGCUGGCAGCGUUGGAGCUCGUCCUCCACCUGGCUCCGCGACUCGGCGUGGACAUCCUGCUGGACCGCAUCACGCCGUACCUGCUGCACUUCUGCAACGACCCCGUGCCCCGCGUGCGUGCGCAGGCCGUCCGCACUCUGACCAAGGUGCUGGCGCUGGUGAAGGAGGUGCCAAGGAACGACGUGAACAUCUACCCAGAGUACAUCUUGCCGGGCAUCGCCCACCUGGCUCAGGACGACGCCACCAUCGUCAGGCUGGCGUACGCAGAGAACAUCGCCCACCUGGCAGAGAGCGCGCUGCGCUUCCUGGAGCUGGUCCAGGAGAACAACGUGAACACGGAGCAGGACCUGAGCGGAGAAGAUGCCGAGGAAACCAACCACCCCAACGAGAACUACGACUCCGAGCUGCAGGCGCUGCACGAGAUGGUGCAGCAGAAGGUGGUGACGCUGCUGAGCGACUCUGAGAACAUCGUCAAACAGUCCCUGAUGGAGAACGGCAUCACGCGUCUCUGCGUGUUCUUCGGCCGGCAGAAGGCCAACGACGUGCUGCUCUCCCACAUGAUCACCUUCCUGAACGAUAAGAACGACUGGCACCUGCGGGGCGCCUUCUUCGACAGCAUCGUGGGCGUGGCUGCGUACGUGGGCUGGCAGAGCUCCUCCAUCUUGAAGCCCCUCCUGCAGCAGGGGCUGAGCGACACCGAGGAGUUCGUCAUCUACAAAGCUCUGAACGCUCUCACCUGCAUGUGCCAGCUGGGGCUGCUGCAGAAGCCUCACAUCUACGAGUUCGUCGGAGACAUCGCUCCGUUCCUGUGCCACCCCAACCUGUGGAUCCGUUACGGGGCCGUGGGCUUCAUCACGGUGGUCGCACAGAACCUGAACGUGGCCGACAUCUACUGCAAGCUGAUGCCCCACCUGAACCCGUUUGUCACGCAGCCCAUCAUCCAGAUCGAUAAGGAGCUGGUCCUGCUGAGCGUCCUGAAGGAGCCGGUGAGCCGCUCCAUCUUUGACUACGCGCUGCGCUCCAAAGACAUCGGCAGCCUCUUCAGACACCUGCUGCUGCGGCAGAAGAAGAGGGCCGGCUCCAUCCCCGAGUGUCCGACUCCCGACGACCCGGCCGUUGCUCAGCUCCUGAAGAAACUGCUGUCUCAGGGCAUGACGGAGGCAGAGGAGGACAAGCUGCUGGCGCUCAGAGACUUCAUGCUGAAGUCCAACAAGGCCAAAGCCAACAUGGGGGACCAGGGUCACCUGGGAGACGGGGCACAGACCGGGGUCAUCGACUUGGCCACGCUCGGCAUCACCGGACGACAGGUGGACCUCGUCAAGCCCAAAGCUGAGGCCGACGACAAGAGAGCAAGGAAGCACACCAAGCAGGACUCCAUGAUGAACGAGGAGUGGAAGAGCAUGUUUGGAUCUCAGGAACCAUCGUCCUCCCAGCCUACAACGGCUCCGGACGGCCCUGUUGGUCAGACUAAGAAAGCGUCUGUAGCUCCGGUAGCGCCUGCAGCACAGUCAGUGGUGAGUGGCCCCGCCUACCAGCGACGCAUCAAUACAUGUAAGGCCGAGCUUCAGCAGCUGGUGCAGCAGAAGAGAGAACAGUGCAGCGCUGAGCGAAUAGCCAAACAGAUGAUGGAGAGCGCAGAGUGGGAGAGCCGCCCCCCCCCACCAGGGUGGCACCCCAAGGGUCUGCUGGUCGCCCACCUGCACGAACACAAAGCUGCGGUGAACCGAAUCCGAGUCUCAGACGAGCACUCCAUCUUCGCCACUGCGUCCAACGACGGCUCGGUAAAGGUGUGGAACAGUCAGAAGAUGGAGGGGAAGACCACGACCACGAGGUCCGUGGUGACGUACUCCCGGGUCGGCGGUCACGUUAAGACGCUAACGUUCUGCCAAGGCUCUCAUUAUUUAGCCGUGGCUUCAGAUAACGGAUCCGUCCAGCUGCUCGCAGUCGAAGCAAACAAACCUCCCAAAUCCCCCAAAGUUCAGCCGUUCCAGUCCAGGUCCCUGGACCUCCAGGAGGAUGGCUGCGUGGUGGACAUCCACCACUUUAACUCGGGGGCCCAGUCGGUUCUGGCGUACGCCACGGUUAACGGGUCGUUGGUGGGGUGGGACCUUCGGUCCAACUCCAACGCCUGGACGCUGCGCCACGACCUGCGGCUCGGACUCAUCACGUCCUUCAGCGUGGACAUGCACCAGUGCUGGCUCUGCUUAGGUACGAGCAGCGGCACCAUGGCAUGCUGGGACAUGCGCUUCCAGCUGCCCAUCUCCAACCACACCCACCCGACCCGGGCCCGGGUCCGGCGCCUGCUGAUGCACCCUCUGUACCAGUCGUCCGUGAUCGCAGCUGUCCAGGGGAACAAUGAGGUGUCCAUCUGGGACAUGGAGACCGGGGACAGGAAGUUCACCCUGUGGGCCAGCUCGGCGCCGCCGCUGUCUGAGAUGCAGCCAUCUCCUCACAGCGUCCACGGGAUCUACUGCAGUCCUGCUGACGGGAACCCUCUGCUGCUGACGGCCGGGUCCGACAUGAGGAUCAGGUUCUGGGACCUGGCGUAUCCGGAGCGCUCCUACAUCGUGGUGGGAGGAGCCCACGACUCGCUGCACUGUCCGUCCGUCCUCUACAACCGCAAGAUCAUCGAAGGGACCGAGGUGGUCCAGGAGAUCCACAGCAAACAGAAGAGCGGCGCUCCGGAGGACUCCCCUCGCCGCGGCCUGGAGGCGCUCCCCGUCGGCCAUCAUGACAUCAUCACAGACAUCGCCACCUACCAGACGACGCAGGGCUUCAUCGUCACGUCCUCCAGAGACGGCAUCGUCAAGGUGUGGAAGUGA